AUGGGUUCACAGAAAGCCGGCAACCGGUCCUCCGGGGCCUCGUUGUCCAUGAAGACGAGCAACAAGAUGAGGCGCAAGCAGAUGUUCAUCGAAGACAAGAAGGUCAAGGACAAGCAGCGACAUGAGGAGCGACACCGCCGCAGGAAAGAGGAGGCCAAGAACCCUGAACUUCGCGAAGCCCGACUCGCCAAGAACAAGCCCCAGACCCUCGAGACGAAGCGAGUGUGGGACGAUGUCGACGACGACAGUUUGGGCGCCAUUGUCGACGUCGAGAAGCUCAAGAGGCGGAGACUCGAAGAGGAGGAGCGGGCUGCCAAUGAGGCGAUGGAGGUCGAUGAGGAGGAAGACGACGAAGAUGAUGAUAACGACAGCAUGCUCGACUCGGGUGACGAGGACGAUGAGGAACGGCAGGCCAAGCUAGAGGAGAAGAAGGAGAAGAAGAAGCGCGCGAAACGCGACGACAGCAUGGCACCCUCGACCACCAGCACAAACCUUGACCUCACCCCCUCCUCGCUGUCGACAAAGUUCCCGACGCUCUUCACAGACAUCCCGCCGCCGCCUCCCAAGAUCCUCAUCACGACAUCCCUCAACUCGACCCUCCACCACGAGGCCGACAUCUUCUGCACCCUCUUCCCCAACUCCAACUACAUCCGCCGCACCCAACACCACUACGGCCACAAGUAUUCUCUCCGCGAGAUCAGCCGCUUCGCCGCCAAUCGCGAGUACACCGCCGUCGUCAUGCUGCGUGAGGACCAAAAGGUCCUCACUGGCCUGACCGUCGUCCACCUCCCCUCUGGCCCAACCUUUACCUUCUCUGUCACCAACUUUAUGGAGGGCAAGAAGCUGCCCGGCCACGGCAACCCCACCAACCACUACCCGGAACUGCUGCUCAAUAACUUCAAGACCCCCCUUGGCAUGCUGACGGCCAAGCUCUUCCAGACACUUUUCCCACCACAGCCCGAGUUUGUCGGCCGCCAGGUCUUGACGGUACACAACCAGCGCGAUUAUCUCUUCUGGCGCCGCCACCGCUACGUCUUCCGUGACAAGCGCACGACCGAGAAGAACAUCACGACCGCCGAGGGCAAGGACCUCGAGGGCGUCGAGGGCAUCAGGGUUGGCCUGCAAGAAGUCGGACCUCGCUUUACUCUCAAGCUGCGGAGAGUCGACAAGGGUGUCGGCCGCGCCGGCAGCGAGGGCGAGGAUGCCCUGCAGUGGGAGUGGAAGGCAAGAUGGAGAUGA